CGUCCACUCCUUCCUUCAGGACUAAAAUCUGAGGAAUAAAGCGCGCACUGCUCGGUUUGAGCGCAGCAGCCGUGAAGAGCGCACGCACGUUGGAGUGAAGGAUCUACAAGAAGAGCAAGUGCACUUCUUCCAGGCAGGGACAGAACCGAGAAGCAGAGGGACGCGCGCCGAGCUUUGGAGGUCCGUUCAUGUUUGGGAUCCAGGAGAGCAUCCAGAGAAGCGGCAGCAGCCUGAAAGAGGAGCCGCUGGGAGGCAUGAACGUCCGGAGCUGGAUGCAGGGGGGCGGCGUGCUGGACGCCAACACGGCCGCCCAAAGUGGAGUGGGUCUGGCCCGGGCUCACUUCGAGAAGCAGCCGCCCUCCAACCUGCGGAAGUCCAACUUCUUCCACUUCGUCCUGGCGCUGUACGACCGGCAGGGCCAGCCGGUGGAGAUCGAGAGGACCAACUUCGUGGACUUCAUCGAGAAAGAGAAGGAAACGAGCGGAGAGAAGACGAAUAACGGGAUCCAUUACCGGCUGCAGCUCCUUUACAGUAACGGCAUCAGAACAGAGCAGGACUUUUAUGUUCGACUCAUAGACUCUAUGACUAAACAGCCAAUUGUUUACGAAGGCCAAGACAAGAACCCUGAGAUGUGCAGAGUGCUGCUGACUCACGAGAUCAUGUGCAGUCGGUGCUGUGACAAGAAGAGCUGCGGGAACCGUAAUGAGACGCCCUCAGACCCUGUUAUCAUCGACAGAUUUUUCCUCAAGUUUUUCCUCAAGUGUAACCAGAACUGUUUAAAGAAUGCAGGAAACCCACGAGACAUGAGGAGGUUCCAGGUGGUGGUAUCGACUACGGUGAGCGUGGAGGGACACGUCCUGUCGGUCUCCGACAACAUGUUCGUCCACAACAACUCCAAACACGGCCGACGGGCCCGCAGGCUCGAUCCUGUGGAGGGAACACCGUCUUACCUAGAACACGGAGCAGCUCCCUGCAUUAAAGCCAUCAGUCCCAGUGAGGGGUGGACCACGGGGGGCGCCACAGUCAUCAUCAUCGGAGACAACUUCUUCGACGGUCUUCAAGUUAUCUUCGGUACCAUGCUGGUGUGGAGCGAGCUGAUUACGCCACAUGCUAUCCGGGUGCAGACGCCACCCAGACACAUCCCCGGGGUCGUAGAGGUCACUCUGUCUUACAAGUCCAAACAGUUCUGCAAAGGCACACCAGGGAGGUUCAUUUACACAGCAUUGAACGAACCAACCAUCGACUAUGGCUUCCAGAGGCUUCAGAAAGUCAUCCCAAGACACCCCGGAGAUCCCGAGAGGCUUCCGAAGGAGGUUAUUCUGAAGAGAGCAGCCGACUUGGUAGAAGCCCUCUAUGGUUUACCUCAUAACAAUCAGGAGAUCAUCCUGAAACGUGCGGCGGACAUUGCGGAGGCUCUCUACAGCGUUCCCCGAGGACACACCCAGCUCUCUGGCUCAACCCACAGUGGCAUGAUGGGAGUCAACUCCUUCACCGGGCAGCUGUCAGUCAACGUUUCUGAACCGUCACAAGCCAAUCAAGGCUUCGUGCGCAGCAGCAGCAGCGUGUCGCCGCACGGCUACGUGCCCAGCACCACGCCUCAGCAGACCAGUUACACCUCAGUCACCAGCACCAUGAACGGCUACACCAACAACACCGGCAUGACCAACCUGGGAGGCUCGCCCACCUUCCUCAACGGCUCCGCAGCCAACUCGCCUUACGCCAUUGUCCCGUCCAGUCCCACCAUGGCCUCCUCCACCUCCCUCCCCUCCAACUGCUCCUCCUCCUCUGGUGUCUUCUCCUUCUCUCCGGCCAACAUGGUGUCGGCAGCAGUUAAGCAGAAAUCCGCCUUCGCCCCGGUGGUCAGGCCCUCGUCCUCCCCUCCGCCCUCCUGCACCAGUGCCAACGGCAACGGGCUCCAAGAUCAAACAUUUGUGGACUCUAGCAAGUACUCAACAGCCAGCUCACUACAAGGCCUGGCCUUCACCUGAACCAUCCCAGGAAUGAUCGUCCCACCCAUGUAAAGGUGUGUGUGUGUGUGUGUGAGUGUGUGUAUGUGUGUGUGUGUGCGUGCGCGUUGAACCAAGCACACUCGCUGGAUUUGGAGCGAGUCAGACUCCGGUCGGGGACGGCCACAGCUGUCCCAGUUUGAAGGAACAAACCCAACUCAGGCCCUUUCUAACACAAAAACAACUGCAAGAAAAACACAAGAA